CCGGCAAUUCCAAAUUUUUGGUUCUUAUAUCGAACAUGAACUCUCGAUAACCCUAGCGGAAGACAUGACAGUCGGGUACGAACAAUUUUGCGGGAAAUUUGGUGAAAUUCAACCUGUGGCCAAUUUUGGUACCGAGCUGACAUAUCCAGAUCUGGCUUGGUGACAUUCUGAGUUGUAAACGACCAGUUCGCGUUUGGUUUUUGUGAUUGCUGAUGGUCGAGCUGGUUAUCGUGAUCGCGAAACCUCGGAGGCAGAGCAGGUGGGAAAAUCCGAAUAGGACUACCGGGCUUCACAAUGCUGGAAUAGCCUUAUGGAUUGAACUGAGCAUGAGAAGAUUUUCUGAAAUUUUUGGAUUAGCGACAACCUACAGAUAGAUGCUAUGAGGAAAGUCAAAAGGUCUUUGACAGUGAUCGGGGAGUUCGAGCCGUUUGGUCUACAGGUUGUUGGACCUUCCGGUGGGAGUGAUGGAAAUGUGGGAGAAGGUAGGAAGCGUGGGGGUACCAGUAAGGGACGAUAUUAUCUAUUUGAUGCAGAUACUGCCAGAGUCAGAGGUGGAGGCUACGAAUACAAUUCAGUAAUGGGGGGCUUUUGGGACCAUGAUCAGGAGCUCUACAUACAUGGCAACAAGGUUAUCUGGAGUGGUGGACAACAAGUUCACAAACAAUUUAGUGCUCCUACGGCAGUACUCCAGGCUAAGUGGUGUCGAGUUGAAGCAAUGAAUGAGCCUCUUUUGUGUAUACUUCAUUCUGAUUGCCUCAUGACGUAUACCCCUGCUGGGGAGAUGCACUCAGUGCCUUUGCAGUACUCUGUAGGCUCAAUAUGGCCUAUCCCUUGUGGACUGCUACUCCAGCGGGCAGCAGAGAUUCCUCUCGUGAGCUCUGGGGCUUCUACUCCUGUCAAAGGGUCUCCUGGUUCAAGUCUGAGGGAUCUAGCAAGGGAUGGACCUUACUUCAGUAUAUCUAGCAGACUGUCACCCUCGGUGCACAAUUCAGGCGGAUUAUCCUCCGGUCGAAGAGCAAGCCUGUCUUUAGCGACACCAACAACUCCAGUUUCUUCUAUAUUUGCAUUGCUGCAUCCUCUUGAGGAACCUCAGGCAGUCCAGGUUGCAGAGAGUGGGAAAUUUAGGCCGUUAGCUGACAUGGAGGAGCAAAUUAUAUGGUCAAGCUCUACAGUUCCUUAUUUAGUGUCAUUCCACAGUGGAAGAAAACAACAUUCAAUAUGGGAAAUUAAGUCUGUACCUUCUACAAGUCAAAACUCUCCUGUAUCGAAGAAGCAGUCUCCGACUCAGCUGCACACCUCCGAAGACUCUGGAACUUUUGGUUUGCAGCGCGUCUGGCAUGAGAAACCGGGCCAAACGCAAGCUGAUCAGGUUUUUGUGGCCAGCGAUGAAGAUGGAGUUCCCAUCUUGUGUCUUGUCGUCAAAGAGCAUCAAAGAUUGUCUGCCUUUCGGCUGUUGAGAAAUAAAAUAACAGAAGAGCUAAGCUCUAAAGCGCAUCUGGAUGUCGCGUGGACUCUUGAAGCAAUCUCCGCUGCUCCUAUAAUUGCACUUCACCCAAGGAGAAAGGAAAAUCAGCACUAUGACUUGCUGGUGCUUACAUCAGAUGGGGAACUUGGUCUUUACACAGGAUCAUACCACAUGUGCAACUUUUUCCUGUCCAAAUCUGCCGCUAAGAUGGCACCGAAGGGCUCUAUUACUUCGCAAAAGAAAACGCCUCAAGGUCCAGGUGGAAAUUCUGCAGAUGCAGAAGAUGAUGGAGUUGAGCUUGUUGGCAUCAACGAUGCGGUGACAGAUCGCGUCAAUUUGCUCACUUCUACUGGCAAGAUCUACAGGUGUGCCCUGAACUUGCCAUUUUCAUCCGCAGUAACGGUCUUAUGCCUGUCAGCUUUCGCCGAGAGCCUACGCCCAUCUCUCUACCGAUAUCUUCUGAAACAUUUUCUUGAACGAGAUUUUCCUGCGACGGAAGCUCUGUUCUUGCCUACGCCGGAUGGUAAACCCGAUGUGAACUGGGCAGGCUUUUCUGAUCUUAUACUGGAGAUUAUAAGAGAUAUGCCAGUUGCUCGAGGACCUCCACCACCAAGUCUGACAAAGGCAACAAACACUUCAUGGGAGUUUUUGUUACAAAGUGGCAUGCACAAAAAUAAUCUGUUGAAUCGUCGGUAUGUAGCUUUACCAAUUUUUCAGCAGCCAUUCAUACAGAAUCCGCUACCUCACCCAGCGCCAAGAAGUGUUGACGAAAAGGAGACUGACGAAAUGCCAGUGUACGUAUCAGUCAUGAUGGAAAUACUGGAGGUCCUACACGCUGUUUACGAAGACUGCAAGCUUGAUACUCUACGAUGGAGGCAGGCAUCUCAACUUGCCACUUUAUUGAGCCAUUUGGCAGCAGCAGCGGGGGAACUAGAGUACGUUGAUCAUUACACUCGUGACUUUCCGACAGUUGUUCCACCUUUACCAGAGCUGUCUAAAAACUCACUGCAUGGAACGUGGAGAACACCGGCCAAUCUGUUUAGAUGGGUUGAGUAUCGUAUUAAGAAGAGGAGAAUGCCUAGAAGUGGAGAAGGUCUCCCGGCUUUAUUAUUAAGAGAAGGAGUCUUAUCUGUGGAAUGGUCACGGAAGGUUGUUGGCUUUUACGAGCUGUUGCUCGGUGACGAAGAGACGGCCAAAGAAAAGCCUACCGUUGUACACAUUGGCAUGUCACGAGGUACAGCCAACCGUCCGGAACACAAGAUGGUCUUGGCUAUGGUUGCAGAAGCUUUCAGUCUCCCGGAUUUGGAUCGACUUCCUUGUGGUAUCUCGCUCCCGCUGCGACAUGCCUUAAAUAUUUCUCGAGAAGCCCCACCCGGUGACUGGCCACCUCAAGCAUAUGUGCUUGUUGGACGGGAAGAUCUUGCGGCUACCUGCUCUAGCUCAUUCUCUAAAGGAAGAGACGAACUGAAGAAGACGAGUACAACGACCGCAGGCAGUGUGAAGAAUCCCGUCGUGGAUGUGGAUGAUGCCUUUCUAGCUGCACCUUACAUGCUUCACUUGAGACCCAUUACUAUUCCUCAGUCUAUAGACUCAAGUGAGUUAGGAGAUGCGGAAGGUCAGGGAACUGCUGUUGAUGGGUGUAUAUCUGAUGGUAUGGAUCAUAUGAGUUCUACCACAGCACCUCUACGUUUUGGUAGUGACUUGCGGCUGAAUGAGGUUAGGAGACUUCUGGGAUCAUCUAGACCUGUGGCUGUGCGCACAGCGAACUCCCCGGAUGUUAGCGAUCCGGAUAUUGUUGCGCAACAGCAGGCUCAGUUGUGGCAGCUCGCACAACGCACGACAGCUUUGUCAUUUGGACGUGGAGCCUACACUCUUGCUACUUCAUAUCCUUUGCUUACUGAGACUUUGCACAUCCCAAAAUUGGUUCUGGCUGGGCGCCUUCCGUCCCAGCAUGAUGCCACUGUAAAUCUCGAUGUGAACACCGGUAACAUAGCAGAUCUUACUUCAUGGCCCGACUUUCAUAACGGUGUUGCUGCUGGCCUAAGGCUUGCACCUGGUCAGGGUAAGAUAACCCGUACGUGGAUUGUCUACAACAAGCCCGAUGAGCCCAGUUAUUCCCAUGCAGGGUUCUUGAUGUCCCUAGGUUUGCAUAAGCAUCUUGGUGUACUCGCAGCAACCGAUGUUUAUCGAUACCUCGCUCAGGAACAUGAGGCCACAACUGUAGGUGUUCUACUUGGGAUGGCUGCAGCUCGUCGUGGAACUAUGGAUCCUGCAAUAUCUAAGAUGUUGUAUCUUCACAUUCCUGCCCGACAUCCUCCUUCGUUUCCGGAGUUGGAGCUCCCAACUCUCAUGCAGUCUGCAGCACUGAUGGCAGUUGGACUUCUGUAUCAAGGAUCUGCUCAUCGCCUUACUACCGAAAUUCUUCUGGCGGAGAUUGGACGCAAACCAGGUGGCGAUAAUCCGUUGGACAGGGAGGGUUAUGCUUUGGCUGCAGGACUGGCUUUAGGCCUUGUCACUCUAGGUAGAGGAAAUGAUGCCUGGGGUCUUGCUGAUUUGCAUAUCGAGGAUCGAUUGCGACACUACAUGUCUGGAGGAAGUGAACCGUCUGAUGAUCGCCAAAGAAGACCAGAUGGAUUUACUUCGUCAAAUUCACUACCUACCGCGUCAAGAAAUGUGGAAGACCUUUCUCAAGCCGGUGGUCAGGUCAUGGAGGGCUCUAUGGUCAAUCUUGAUGUUACUGCUCCGGGAGCCACAUUAGCCCUUGCUCUUAUGUUCUUAAAAACAAAUAACAAAGUGGUGGCAGCAAGAUUAGCUAUUCCAGACACGCACUUUGCGCUGGAGUAUGUUCGUCCUGACUUUAUUCUGCUCCGUCUCGUUGCUCGAAGUCUUACUUUAUGGGACAGUGUACAAGCCACUGAGGAAUGGGUACAAGCACAAAUUCCAGAAAUUGUGAAAACCGCUGUCAAUACCAUCAACCAGGUCGGAGAUACUGCAACUCCACCUGCUGAUGCCGAUAUGGAAGCACUUGCACAAGCUCACGUCAACAUACUUGCCGGAGCCUGCCUAUCAAUAGCUCUACGAUAUGCAGGUACAGCAAAACCCGAAGCUCAGCAGUUGCUCCGAAAGUAUGCUCUAUUUUUUUUGCAGGAGAAACGUAAUGCUGUCCUUCUCGGAGGCGCCGCAAGUCCGAAUACGCGGCAUGCAUAUGUCGAUCGAGGCACAUUGGAGACUUGCUUGAACGUUGCUGUUCUUUCCUUGAGCGUGGUAAUGGCUGGCACGGGUCAUUUGCAAACAUUCAGAUUGCUACGCUAUCUUCGUAGGAGAAAUGAUUCUGAUGGAGGCAUCAAUUAUGGAAAUCACAUGGCCAUCAGCAUGGCAAUCGGAUUUCUGUUCCUUGGUGGUGGACUUCGAACAUUUGGAACUAAUAAUGGUGCAGUAGCGGCGCUCCUGAUUGCCUUGUAUCCUCGAUUUCCAACUACCCCAAACGAUCAUCGAUGUCAUCUUCAGGCUUUCCGCCAUUUGUAUGUGCUGGCAACGGAGGCACGUUGUGUACAAACUGUUGAUGUUGACACUGGCCUGCCAGUUCUUGUACCAUUAGAGAUGACCGUUCAAAACUCAGGUUGCCAGGGUGAAACCACAAUCACUAGGUUCACACCGUGCAUACUUCCUGAACGCUGCUCGUUAAUGCGCGUCCGAGUGAGUGGAGCUCGUUACUGGCCUCAAGACAUUAAGCUUCCAAUAACAGACCAAGCUUGGUGGGAACCUGGAGAAGCUGGAGAUCCGUUCAACGGUGGAAUGCUGUAUGUGAAAAGAAGGGUUGGAGCAUGUUCUUACGCUGAUGACCCGAUUGGUUGCCGCUCUCUUCUUUCUAGAGCAUUUCAAAAGGAUUCCGAGGGAGGAAGAUUUGAAGCUAGAGGCAUGGCUGGAGACGGUCUCCAAAUGUCGAAGGUAGAUCAGCUUGUCAGCACGUUCUCCGGAGAUCCAAGCAUGCUCGCGUUUGCACAGCUUCUGUGCAAUUUCUCUCGAAACAGCAAAACUGCAAAUGAGUUUGAAGACUUUUGUUUGACAGCUCUGUUUGAGAGCGUCAGCACAGAUCGCCCCGCCCUUCUGCAGACUUAUCUGACCCUCUACACAACCGUGGAGGCUUUAGUUGCUCAUGCAGCAGGUCAAGGGACUUCCAUCACCAGUAUAUGCAGUGAUCCGCUUUCCUUAUUUAGUCUAAAGGUGGCACUUUCCUAUUGCGAGGUAAUAAAAGAAGAUGAAGAAAGUUCAGGCGAGCCUUUAGUGCAGCAUAACUUUCUUGCGGCCUUGGCCAAGAAGGUAGAGGAUGUACUCAGCUUUUCAAAAUUCUUUGGCACAGAUGCGACAGAAUCUUCAAAAAUUCUAGCACCUGACCUGGUCAAAUACUUCAAUACAGCACAAUGGCCUGCAGAGGUCAAUGUAGGCAGUAAGGGAAGAGCUGGUUCAGAUGCUCUCAUGUACAAAACGUUGCUGGCUUGCUACCUUAGCUGGUACGAUAUUCCAACGACAAGAGCUGUUCAAUCAGCGGCGCUGAAGCUUCGGAAGAUUUUACCUAGUUUAAGAACGUACGCUUCAUCCAACUCAGAAUAUUUGUUACCAAUCCUUGCAUGUGUUCUGCCCGGCACACCUAGUCACGGGCUGCUUAGAAUCAACCCUUGUCUACCAUUUUUGAACACUAAUCUAAGUGAGUAGAAUUGCCCUACAAAAUUACAAUUUAUCACAAGCCAGAUGUGUUCUGUAUUCUGUAUGAAUGCGUAUGAUAUU